AGCAACAACCUUUUACGCUGCAACACAACACGAAACAAUUUUAAAGCUACACAGCUUUAAGAAGGCCGUCAAUCUACAGCGCUCUCUCCAGCUGCAACAGCCUUCGAUGCCGCCUCUUGUGGUGAUCCGCAGCGGCUGCAAGCACGUUGAGUAUCUCGAAAACCACAGUACAUGGCGGCGCGCGCCGCGGAUGGAGACUCCUAGUGACGACGAGCUCGCAGAUGACGAAGAGGACGAGGAAUUGCUGCGCCAGGCCGAAGAGACUUGGCGUGGAUCCGGCACAAACUGCGGCAUCAGCAAAGUCUUUGGUUUCUCGCGGGAGCUGUGCGAUGUGGAGGGAAUGCAUGCAUUCCGUUGCUCUGACUGCGGCAACGCGGUGGCCGACCACGACGAUGUCGUAUCGAAAACGUUCUUCGGCCGCACUGGCAAAGCAUUCCUAAUGAAUAACAUGUAUAACGUUCGUGUCGGCCCAGCUCGCAACCGCUAUCUAAUGACGGGGAUGCACAGCAUCGCUGACGUGUUGUGCAGCCAAUGUGACUUCGUGCUGGGCUGGAAAUACGUACGUGGUGCUGCUUGAUGAAGGUGCCAUCGCCUGAUUGAUCACCUGCAUUAUGUGAUGCCUAGAUUAAAGCCAUGGAGAGUUCCCAGAAGUACAAAGAAGGCAAGUUCAUUAUGGAGCAGGCUGUAGUCGAGGAUGACUCGGAAGAGCAGGUCUGGAACCGGCUGUAGAGCACUCUCAGUCGUCUUGGCAGUUUGAUCGAUAUGCGUAGCUAAAUGACAGUGUCGGGAAGGACAAGGCAAAACUUACCAUUGUGCACGAGAGGAUUUCUAGCCCGCACGAGAAACAAAUACUAUAACUUAUAUGUCAUUCAUACCUCUUUCUCUGCGUAAGACGCUGGGUAACCUGUGUCUACGAGAACAGUAC